AUGAUUCUCGAUCAAAUCCGUAGGAAACUGGCGACGAAUAUGUGUGAUGACGUCAUGGAAGUUGGGUGGAGCUUCUUAUGGAAUAUUACAGGUCGUUCUUGCAUAAACGAGACACCAGUAAACUGCGAGCGCUUCUUGAAAGCGGAUGGUUUGCUCCUCUUUCACAAAUGUUUCGAUGCGUUCCGAAAUGAGAGGGAGUUGGUGAGGAAUAUGAUGGGAUUGAUUGGAAACAUUGCUGAAGUCGAUGGUCUACGGUCACAGCUGAUGAACGAUGACUAUGUAAAAAUAUUCUCAGCUUUGUUGGAUUUGGUAGAAGACUCGAUUGAGAUCAGCUAUAAUAGCGCCGGUGUUCUUGCACAUAUGGUCAGUGACGGCGAAGAGGCGUGGAGUGGAUUGACAGUACGAAGGGAACAAGUUAUGGCUAGUGUUGUGAAGGUUGCGUAA